AAAUUGUGAACCUUUCGUGUUUUCGUUGACUUUAUUUUGCUUUUCUUGACAGAUUGUGUUUCUGUUCCGUUGGAGUGAAUUAAACAUUUGAAAAAGCGCAGAAAAAGUAACAUUUUCUAAGCAUAACAUUAUACUUUAUUCGCUGCACAAUGGAAACCAUCAAGCUGAAGACGAAGGACGGUAAAGUAAUCACCGCCAAGCGACACCUGCUGAAGAAAUCAUCCGUGCUGGAAAAGAAGCUGGAGGAGCUGGCGGAGGAAGCAUCCUCGGAAGUCGGUACCAUCAUGAACGUUCCGGAAGCGGACGAAAACUCUCUGCGCAACAUUCUUCAGUGGCUGGAACGGUGCGAGCGAACGACCGAAUCGGAGGGAAGCGGAACCAUCGACGCCAGCGAAGAGGCGGAGAUUCCCAACAACCAGGAGCAGAACAUGGAUCGGAACACGGGCAGCGGUGAGACCGGCGCCACAUUUGACAAGGAGUAUUUCACCAACUUUCGUCAGUUUUGUGUGAUGAUUGCUGUGGCAAACCGGCUGCGGGUGCAGGAGUUUGUGGAUGCUGCCGUGCGCUUCGUAAUCGAAUGGAAGCAGGACAAAAGUUUGGACGAGAUACGCGGGCUGCUGGAGCGACAGGAACUGUCGGUUCGUCCCCGGAAUCCGGCAGCAACUGGUAGCAGCGGUGAGCAAAUGUAAUGUUAGCUAGAAGAUAGUGCUGUAGCCCCGUUUGCACAUUCUGCAUCAUUGUUAUUACUUUCGAUAAUACAUGGCCUUUGAAAUGUAUACAUAAACAAACCGGCAGGCCCAGUAGAAGAAAUUGGGUCGUUAGCAAAAUUUAA